GAUUCCUCCACAAAUUCGAAGGCGGAACUCAAAAAGGAAAAGGAAACGGAGGGCGCACGACUACUGGAGGCCAGAACAGAGGGACGCGGCCGGAGCAGCAUGGCGGCAUGGAUGGGCGUGGAGGAGCGCGCCGAGACGCUGCGUAGCACCGCCGAAGAGCUCGUCGGCGAGGACGAGCUGCUCCCGCUGCUGCACGGUAACCCCAGCCCGGUCUGCCUCGACAGCUUCGAGCCCUCCGUCUCCGGCCGCGUGAACAUCUGGCAGGGUGUUGGGAAGGUGAUCAAUGUGAACAAGAUGGUCAGGGCCGGAUGCAGAGUGAAGAUGCUCAUAGCGGACCAGAGGACUGGACUGGACAGCAGCGAGAUCAGGGCCGCCGGUCGCCACGCGAUCGAGGUCUGGAAAGCCCUGGGCAUGAGCUCGGACGGGGUGGAGUUCCUCUGGUGCUCCGAGGAGACGAGCAGGCGCGCGCACGAGUACUGGCCGCUCGUGAUGGGGAUUUCCCGGAACCACCGCGUCGGAUGGUUAGCGAGCCUGCAUGCAGAUCCGGAAAAUGUGAAGUGUAAUCAACUCUUGGAGCCCAUCAUGAAGUGUGCUGAUAUACUCUUCCUCGAGGCAGACAUAUGCCAGAUGGGCGUGGAUCGAAGAGAGGUGAGUAUGAUGGCCAGAGGAUACUGCACGCACAUUGGAAGUGAAAAUAAACCAAUAUUUCUGUUGCAUCAUGUGCUACCUGGUUUCAAAGAAGGACAGCAGAGAAUGUCAGAGAGUGAUCCACUGUCAGCUAUUUUUAUGGAAGACGCUGAGUCUGAGGUUACGAAAAAGAUAAAGAAGGCUUUCUGCCCUCCCAAGAUUACUCAAGGAAAUCCAUGCUUGGAGUACGUAGAGCAUAUCGUUCUCCCUUGGUUUAGAGAGUUCGAGGUGGUCCCACCUGAUGGCGGUAACAGGACUUACCUAGGAAUCGAAGAACUCCUGGAGGAUUACGGCAGUGGCACUGUGCAUCCCCGUGAUCUGAAACCUGCUCUUGCAAAAGCAAUAAACCAGAUCUUGCAGCUUGUACGUCAUCACUUCCAGAACUGCGAAGCCAAAGGUCCGUGUGACGCUGUCAAGUGAGAGGAGCAACCAAGAACUUAUGCAUAUUUUGGCCACAAUCAUUGCUAGAACUAUGCACACUUCAAACUAUUGCAAUCAAGAUAGCCAAGAACUACAGGCAUAUUUUGGAAGAAACCGUUUUAGAAACUGCGUAUGGUUUUUUUUUUUUUUCAUAGGAAUUUUGUGUACUUUGA